CGCGCACUCACGCUAACUUUUACCCCCUUUAAAAAGGGCGGCGUGGCGAGCAAGAGAGUCACAUUCAGUCCAAGAACUCCAACACAACAUGAAGUUCUCUUUGCUCGCACUGUUCCUCAUCGUCGCCAUCGUCUGCGUCCAUUCGGCGCCCACCUUCCCCAGGAGGAAUCGAGGGGGUAGCCGUUCCGUAGAACCCGAAGCUAAAAAGGAAGAGCCCAAGAAGGAAGAGCCGAAAAAGGAAGAGCCGAAAAAGGCCGAGGGAGGCAAAAAGGAAGAAGGAGGUAAAGGCAAAGGAGGUGGUAAAAAGGAAGAAGCCGAAGAAGAGGAAGGCGAAGGUGGCGAGCGAAGGAAACGGGCAAACAGGAACGACUCGUGGAAGUCGUUGACUUUCUUCAAACAGCAAAGCGUCAGCAUCGAUGGAGUUCAUCCGGCCGCCACAGCCGAAGCCACGGCCGACAUCAGCGACGCAAAGAAGCGCUCGCCAACAAACACGGGAUCCGUCGCAGCCUCCCCCGCCAUCGUGCCCGUCUUUGAAGUUCACGACCUGACCGGAGUAGAUCACAGCACAGUUCCAAAGGACAUUCAACCGUUCGAGGUCGUAGACAUCAGCGGACACACUCACGAAACCCUGCCGAAAGACGUCAUCCCCGUUGAAAUCAUCCCAGUCGUCGGUGCCACGGCCGGAGUGGCCAGCAACGUCGGACCCGUUUCCGCAUCGGCCGGAGUCUCCACUGCGUCCAACGUCGAAGUCUUCGAAGUCCACAAUCUCGACGGAGUUUCUCCCGACGAUGUUCCAGACGAUGUCGCCGUCUUCGAAGUGGUCGACAUCUCCGGACACACUGCCGAAACUCUUCCGGCCGACGUGACCCCCGUUGAAAUCAUCCCGCUCGUAGACGCAUCGGCCGGAGCGACAGUGGCCAGCAACGCCGGACCCGUUUCCGCAUCGGCCGGCGUCUCCACCGCAUCCAACGCCGAAGUCUUUGAAGUUCACAAUCUCGACGGAGUUUCUCCCGACGAUGUUCCAGAUGAUCUCGCCGUUUUCGAAGUGGUCGACAUCUCCGGACACACUGCCGAAACUCUUCCAGCUGAUGUGAUCCCAGUUGAGAUUAUCCCGAUCGGAACCGUGGCCGGAGCCACAGCCACUGGAACUGGAGGAGUCACAGCUUCGGCCGGCGUUUCCACUUCGUCCGGUCCCAGCCGUCCACCAUCCGUUUCACCCGUCAUUGCCCCCGUCGUUCCAGCCGUCGUUGGUCCAUUCGUUCCAGCCGUCACUCCCAUCUUCUACCCGACUACACCAGCGCCAUACGUCGCACCGGUUGUCACGCAAAUCAUUCCCGUUCCCAGACCAACUGCAGCUCCUGCAAUCAUCCCAGUUCCAAAACCCACUGCAACUCCGUACGUAGCCCCUGAAACUCCUGAAUACCAAACUCCCGAAGCCCCUGCUUACCAGGCUCCCGAGGUCGACGCUUAUGCGGCCCCUGAAGUCGACGCAUACGCCGUCAGCGCCACCGAGAGCUACGCCGAAACUGAAACGGAAGCGGCCGAAGUGGAAGAAACUGGAACGGAAGGAUACGAAGCCGAAGGCGCCGAAUACGAAGCUCCCGAAGCCGAAGGCGCUGAAUACGAGGCUCCCGAAGCCGAAGAAGCCGAGGUGGAAGAGUACGAAGGCAAAGGUGGCAAAAACAAAGAAGGAAAAGUAAGCAAAGGAUACAACAAUUCCAGCAGAGGAAGUAAAGGAGGCAAACACGGAAAAGGUAGAGAAGGAAAGGAAGAGAACGAAGGAAAGGAAGAGAAAGAAGGCAAAGGAGGAAAGGGAGGUAAAGGAAGAGAAGGUAAAAAUAAAGAAGGUAAAGGCAAAGGUAAAGGAAGCAAAAGCGAAGGAGGCAAGAGCGGAGGUGAAGGCGGAUCCGAAAGCGCCGAAGAAGAGGAUUAAACCAUUUCAACUCACGUCAAACAUUUAAAAUCCUGAAACGAUAACAAGAAAAAAAAAAUGAUUAUAAAACAUAUUAACCCCUCAAACAUUAUAUUUUUAUAUACUUCGACGCAACAGACUUCUCACUGGAACGGACACUCAUGCUCAUCCUCCCCCGCAGAUUCCUUCGUCCGUUGCCAACGUCUAUUAAAGAAAAAUACAUCAAAUAUUACUUCUAUAAAUAUCAAAAUGCUCGAGUCCUAUACAACACGAUGUCUUUGUUUUCGAUACAAUAACAAGCAAAACAAGCGUCAAAAUAAACAAUGGUGUCUCUAUAAACAAAA